AUAUUUAUCGGUGAAUCGGGAUUUUGAAAACAAACCCAAUUGUAACCGAAACCUACCGCCGAUUGUGACCGUCAGUCGACAAUAAAAAAAAUGCCGAUAAACAAUGAAAACAAUUUUUUCUAUCAUUCCGUUCAGCAUUUGGCCCGAUCUCUGGCCAGAAUCGACGGAUUGCCGGCCGAAAAGUUAAACGUAUUGUUUUCAAUGUGUCCGCAAGUAUUACUAAAUGGACAGUUGGCUAUUGACCAAAGAGGACAGGACUCGGUGACAGCACUUAUCAUAUACUUCAUUGAAUCACAUUUUCAGCACAAACAGCUUAUCAUAAGUUAUUUAAUCAAUUUGUUGAAUGGUCUCAAAGAUGCCGUUUUCAGCGAUUCAAUCAAAUUACACGAUUCCGACCGAAUUCCAAUCGCCGAGAGAUUUAGUUUCUGUUUGAACACCGGUUUGUCGGACAUCGCCUACUUUUGUCCAGAAUAUAGUCAUAAGAUUAUCACCGAACAGGUCUAUUGUGUCGAAUUGCUAACCAAUUCGAUACUCGACGCCAAACAAGUCCUUAGCGGUGAUAUAUCACAGAAAAUACAUUUCUGUGAGACAAUUGUUCCCAUUUAUAUUGGUUUGUGUCGAGCAUUGGGUCGAUCGCCAAAUGACAGUCAAAACACGCCCCUAUUUUUGCGAUUAUUUCCGCCGCCAUCGAUGCCGCCAAAGACCGACGAAUCUCAAUACGAUUCGAGCAAAGAUUUGACCGACAACUCCAUCAACUCUUCCCGAAAUUUAGCCAAUAGUCUAAUCAUGAAGAAACAAACGUUACCUAACUUACAGAAACUAAUUCCCCGUUCGUUUUCGAGUUUGUCGGCAAACGCUACGUGGACUGCAGGCAUGAAUAGACACGAAGGGACCGGUGGCGAUGGACUAUCUGUCGGCGGAUUUGCCGGCGCCAGUCGGGCAUCGUUUCAGAGCCAGAUAUCGGCUUACAGUCAAUUCAAUGAUACAUUGAAUAACGAAAUUCGUUAUUUAUUUUUUAAAUAUGGCACCUCUUUUACCACACAAUUGACACAAUCAAAGUCAAACAUUAAUGAGAUUAACGGCAAUCAAAAACAACAUAAUAAUAGGGUUAACAUUUCAUUAGAUUUUUUGCUUAAAUUGCUUUCAUUGGCCAAAAAAAUGUUUGACAAAGAAAUUUUGCAGACAUUAGAUGAUAUCGCUGUUACUAUAUAUAAGACAAAUCAGACGCAUAUUUUUCCGUACAAAUCGUUGAGUGAAAUAAUAAAUUUGGUUUCUGUUAAUCUACUGAAAGAGUUGUUAUAUCAUAGGAUGGAUUUGCCAAAAUCUUUUACAUCAGAAGUUCAAGAAUUUAUAAAAUGUCUGUUCCUUUCGGGUCAGACGGAAAUAAUGAAUAAACAGGAAAAACAAAAUUCAAUUUAUAAUAGUCUUAAACUGAAUGUACUGACAAAUGCUGCCUGUAUUGAGCUAAUGGUUUGGUCAUCAAGCGAUGAAAUAGCUGCCGACGCUCUUUGUACGCGUCUUAACGAAAAAAUCAACACAUCUCACGGCCAUCGGUUAGUUAUAGCUCACUUGCCAUUGCUAUUGGUCUGUUUGGACGGUUUGGGAAAGUUGGCCGAAAAGUUUCCAUCAAUAGCCGGCAGCUGUAUUGGAUCGUUACGCGAUUUUCUUAUAUUGCCGUCGCCGAUAUUGGUCAGACUGAGUAGACAACAGCUCGAUAUUCAAAGUUCGAGCGGCCAGUUCAGUAUAACGGUGUCUUCCGAUAAUAACUUACCGCUAAAAAACGGUUCAAAUUUGUCGAACACUUCAAACUCGCAGAUAACUCAAGUCUAUACAGGACUAAGAGAGAGUGCCAUCGAUAACAUAUGCAUCGCAUUGAGAGCUGGUCUCGAAGUCGACGCACACUGUAUUCAGGCAACUAUUGCAUCGGUAUCUAAUCGGUUAUAUCAGUCGGAGAAAAGCGAUUCCGAGUCCAACUUGAUAUCGAUGAACACAAUUAUAGCUUUGGGUCGAGUGGCCUGUAAUCUGUGUGAUAUUCCUCGAUGUAUGGAAUCGAUUCUUCAAUUUUUUCAGCAACGCUUCUGUCAUCCGCCAUCAUAUCUGGACUCAUUAAUUGUCGAACAAUUGAGUGAAAUGGUAAUCGUUUGCGAUUGUCGUCAUUAUGUUUACGAAGAAGUGAUGAAAAUGUUUACAAUGAUUACUAUACAAUCGAGUUCUUCAUAUAAUGUUAGUAAUUGUGAUGAGAAAAAUCGCUACCGACACGUGUCGCUGGCGGUAAUCAACGCCUUCAUGAAUAUUGCAAACCGUAUUGAUGGCCAAACAGAACAAACGGAUCUAUUGGUUCGACUAUUGGAACUGUUUGUACAGUUGGGUCUCGAAAGCAAACGCGCCAACGAUAAGAGUCCGGCCGUUGCCAAGACAUCGAGCAGUGCCGGUAAUCUCGGUGUUUUGAUUCCAGUAAUCGCAACAUUGAUGCGACGAUUGCCGUACAUACAGAAUCCGAAGCUCAGACUUCAUAAACUGUUUCGCGAUUUUUGGCUCUACUGUGUUGUCAUGGGUUUCACUUCGGGUACCUAUUUGUGGCCACGAGAAUGGUAUCAAGGAGUCAGAGAGAUAGCAUCAAAGUCGCCGCUAUUGAAAUCGAGAGAACAUCUUCGCUCGGAACUACACUUCAAUUCUGCCAUCAGAAAUGAAGCCGUUUCUGGACUCGAACUCCAAGAGAUACGCAAUCAGAUUAUUGUUGAUCUCAAUCAUUCAUCGGAAGUGACGCCCAUAAUCAAUAAGUUGACAUUCGCACAGUGCACUUAUCUGUUAUCGGUUUGCCGUUUAGAGACAUUUCGUGUCCAUAAUCUGAUACCCGGUAUGAAUCCAUUUGAUGUGAUGUUUCAAUAUUUGGAAGACUCGACCAUCCAAAAGGACAAGGAUGGCAUCUGGCAGUGUAUUAUGUCUAUUGCCGACAAAGUAUUCAACGUUUUCUUAGGCAUUAUGUCUAAGAAGCCUAAAAAUAAAUCGCGUGAUUACGAACUGGAAGAAUAUGCAGUUUUUCUUUUAGUCAAAUUCAAUAAUCGACAGAAACAAAUCCGAAGAGUUGCCGAUAAAUAUUUGAGUGCUUUGGUCGACAAAUUUCCCCAUCUUUUAUGGAGUGGCAGAGUUUUGACGACAAUGUUGAAUAUUCUUCAAGUUCUUGCCAGUGCUCUGGAAUGGAAUCCAAAUGAAGCCAAUCCUGAACUUCUAGUUCCGGAUACUAAUUACCGAAUACAACUCACAGACACUAUGGAAGCCCGAGAGAGUAUUGUCAAAGACUUUGGCGCUCGAUGUCAGGGCAUUAUUCAGGAGGCGUCCAAAUGGGCGCCAAAUAUCACUCGAUCUCAUCUUCAAGAGUAUUUAGCUAAUAUGGAUCACGCAAUUAGUGGUAUUCAAAGACAUUCGGGACUGUCGCUGGUUGUGGACUGUAUGUCAUCAUUUGCCGGUACAGUCAAUUGGAAUCCGACUGCUGUGACCAGUUUAGAUAAUUUACCGAAUUUUAUCAAAAAUAAUUGUUCGGAAUUUAUUGCAUCGAUGAGUCUGCGGACACAUUUUGCUGGCGAAGUGUCGGGAAUACUAUCCAAUUAUAAGGCUAACGAACAAAGCGAAGACAAAUUGGCCGACAAAUUGAUUAGUGAUCUAAAAUUGACAUCAAUUGAAAUGAAUGUAAAAGCACAUCAAGAAUGUGUCUAUAAGAUUACGGCAUUACUUAUAGCCACCAAAUCGUGUGAUCACAAGCUAUUGCAUACACUGUGUUGGGCACCGGUAUUCUUCUUUUCCGAAGAUACCAUAGCUAGUGUUAUAUCGUGUUGGAAGUGGUUGUUGGCCGCCCGUUCCGACUUAGAAUCUAAGUUCAUUGAAGAGAUGGCAUCCGCUUGGAACGGAACUAUUGAUCGAAAAUUAGGUCUGUUUGCACCCGACCCGCCACAGACGGAUCCGUUAACUUCUAGUCCAACUACUAUUCUUCAGCCGAAUCCUCCAUACAUUGGCGGUCAUGGACUUUGGGUUAAAUUUUUAAUCGAACGAAUAGAGAUUGCAAAAUACAGUUCAUUGGAUCAAAUCGAGAUAUUUGCUAAUCUAUUGCAUCGAUCGCUUCAUAUAUCUGUCGGCCGAACUCAUCAUAGCUCAAGAAAUAUAGCAACUAUUGGCUCACGAUUUCGACUACUCAACUGUGGACUAUCAUUAGUUCAGUUCGACAUUUUGCCGAAAUCUAUUAGUAAAUCGGUUUUAAGAGAACGAGUCUAUUCGGCGGCUGUCGAUUACUUUUGUGGACCACAACUUAUUGCAUCGCAAAAGGGUUCCGAUCUGAGAGAAGAUAUAAUAUCGUUGAUCCGAUUUUGGCAAAGUCUUCAUUCGGAUAAAAAAUAUUUGAAGUCAUCGUUUCUGAACGAUGGUAUUUGGCCGGAAAAUCCCACCCAAUCGUUGACACUGACAACACUGAAUCCCGAUCUACGGUCGAGCACCGAGUUUAACCAGAGUCGCAUUAAUACGCCUACCGGUUGGAUCAAUACGGUUCCGCUCAAUAGUAAUAUGUCGACAAUAUCCAAGAGAUCUUCGGGUUUCAAAGGCUCGCAGUCGACAAAAAUGCGCGAAAAUUCUAUAUUUGUCGACUAUUUUGUUAAGGAUUACGUUAGGAAAAGAAAUUUGAUAUUAAGUUUGUUAGCCAUUGAGAUUGAAUUGCUGAUGACGUGGUAUAACCCAACCGGUGCUCCCGAGGCUGCCAUUCCUGGCGAGGAAACAAUAUCUAAGUGGCGAAACCAACCCAUCACUGAACGAACGUGGAAAGAGACGGCUCGUCUGGCGUGGGAUAUAUCGCCGACACUAGCCGUGUAUCUUCCGUGCAGAUUUAAAAAUUCCGAUGAAAUCAAAGAAGAGAUAUCACGUUUAGUACGAUUGAAUCCGAUAGCUGUUUGUCACAUACCGGAAGCCCUUCAGUAUUUGGUUACUUCAGAUAGUAUUUUACACGACUCUCCAGAGCUGACAUAUAUGCUGACAUGGGCUACCGUAUCACCGAUUCAGGCACUGUCAUACUUUUCCAGACAAUACCCGCCCCAUCCGAUUACAGCUCAAUAUGCAAUACGAAAUUUAGCGUCAUAUGAUCCGAAUGUUAUCAUGUUUUGUAUUCCACAACUGGUCCAAGCGGUCCGAUAUGAUAGUAUGGGAUAUAUAUCGCAAUUUAUCCGAUGGUCGGCCACAACAUCCCAACUAUUAGCCCACCAAUUGAUAUGGAAUAUGAAGACAAAUAUGUACAGAGAUGAGGACGAGAAAGAGCCCGAUCCCGAUUUAUAUGAACUUCUUGAGCACAUAACCAAAACAAUAGUCGACUCGCUGUCCGGACCGGCCAAAGAGUUCUACGAAAGAGAGUUUGAUUUUUUCGGCAAAAUAACUGCCAUUUCCGGUGAUAUACGUAAUUAUCCGAAAGGAAAGGAACGUAAAGAAGCGCUACUGAAAGCCCUGAGAAAGAUAAAGGUUCAGUUGGGUUGUUAUCUGCCAUCGAAUGCCGAAGCGCUUGUCAUAGAUAUCGAUCCGGAAAAGGGUAUACCAUUGCAGAGUGCAGCCAAAGCACCGUUUUUGGCCCGAUUUAAAGUUGUCCACUGCGGUAUCGAUCAACUUCAACGUCUGGCCAUGUCAUCGGAUUCGCAGAAUAAGAGCAAUCAUAGGUUAUCGAUGGGUGUGGAGAUGUGGCAGGCGGCCAUCUUUAAAGUUGGCGACGAUGUUCGACAGGACAUGUUAGCCCUUCAGAUAAUCAGUUUAUUUAAAAAUAUAUUCAAAAAAGUUGGAAUCGAUGUCUUCUUGUUUCCAUAUAAAGUGAUCGCUACCUCACCCGGAUGCGGAGUCAUUGAAUGCAUUCCUGACGCUAAAUCGCGCGACCAAUUGGGACGUCAGACAGAUAUAUCACUUUACGAUUACUUUCUGAAGACCUAUGGCGACGAAUCUUCCAAUCGUUUUCAAGAAGCCCGAAGAAAUUUUGUCAAAAGUAUGGCCGCCUAUAGUGUAGUCGGAUUUUUGCUUCAGAUUAAGGACAGACACAAUGGAAACAUUAUGAUCGAUAGAGACGGACACAUCAUUCAUAUAGAUUUUGGAUUCAUGUUUGAGAGCAGUCCGGGCGGCAACUGGGGCUUCGAGCCGGACAUUAAGCUAACCGACGAAAUGGUAUUAGUAAUGGGCGGUAAAAUGGAGGCGCCCACAUUCAAAUGGUUCCAGGAUCUAUGCGUUCAGGCCUAUCUGGCUGUCCGGCCCUAUCGGGAGCCCAUAGUUACGUUGGUGUCGCUCAUGCUGGACACUGGUCUACCAUGUUUUAGAGGACAAACAGUCAAACAAUUGAGAGCCCGAUUUGCGCCGAACGCCAGCGAGAAGGAGGCGUCGGCUUAUAUGUUGAAAAUAAUUCGCGACUCAUUCCUCAACUUCCGGACGCGAACUUACGAUAUGAUUCAAUACUAUCAAAAUCAGAUCCCAUAUUAAACUAACAAACAAAAAA